CAACCGGAAUUCCAUCUGAUCCGUAGCUUACUUCUAAAGCGAAUCCAUCUCCUCUGAUCAAAGCUGCAAUUUUUCUGCGUUUGAAGGAAGCCUCUGGUGAUUUUUGGUUUACAGGAUGGCCAGCGAAUCCAGCAAACCUCAAUCGAUUCACGAAUUUACGGUUAAGGAUGCUAAGGGGAAUGAUGUUAAUCUGGGGACUUACAAGGGCAAGGUCCUGCUGAUUGUCAACGUUGCGUCGCAGUGUGGCCUCACCAAUUCAAAUUACACUGAGCUGACACAAUUGUAUCAGAAAUACAAGGAUCAAGGAUUGGAGAUAUUGGCAUUCCCCUGCAAUCAGUUCGGCUCGCAAGAGCCGGGCACUAAUGAAGAAAUACAGAACUUCGUGUGUACCAGGUUUAAGGCCGAGUAUCCGGUAUUUGACAAGGUUGAUGUGAACGGCUCCAAUGCUGCGCCUAUAUACAAAUACAUGAAGUCAGUCAAAGGUGGCCUUUUUGGAGACAACAUAAAAUGGAACUUCUCCAAAUUUCUUGUUGAUAAAGAGGGUCAGGUCGUGGAUCGAUAUGCGCCCACAACGAGUCCCCUAAGCAUCGAGAAGGAUAUUAAGAAGCUAAUGGAGAAGGCAUGAAAAUGAGAAACUUUCAGAGGUUUUCUGUUUGUUGUCAAUCUUGAAAUAACCAUCCCUCCAAGGGAUGGAAGAUCUGUCUAGUUUCAUCGCACCCAUGUUUAAUGAUGUCGAUGUCUUGACUUGUGCACACACUGUAACUCAUGGUUGCCCCGAUGAUGAUGAUGAUGAUGAUUCAGUGUUUAUUGUAUUGAA